UUCUGUGCAAUUAGAUCUGCUCUUCAGGCAAGGGUGGAACCCCGAGGGGACAGAUGAGCAGAUACCACUGCCCCCCUCCCUCCUUGCUUUCGCUCAUCGUGCUCGUGGUCUGCAGAAUGGGCUGUAUUCAGAGCAUUGCCUGCAAGCCGCGUAUCAGGCGGGAGAACAUUGUGGUGUAUGAGGUCUCGGCCUCCAUAGACCAGUGCCCCACCAUCAUUGAAGAGAACUCUCCAAUCGUGCUGCGUUACAAAACGCCCUACUUCAGGGCCUCAGCAGGAGUGGUGAUGCCCCCGGUGCCCCGCAAUGAAACCUGGGUGGUGGGAUGGAUCCAGGCUUGCACACAGAUGGAGUUUUAUAACACCUAUGGUGAUAUUGGCAUGUCAAGCUGGGAACUUCCAGAGCUGCGAGAGGGUCGGGUCAAGGCCAUCAGCGACUCCGAUGGCGUCAGCUACCCCUGGUACGGGAACACAACAGAGACGGUCACUCUGACCGGCCCCACGUCCAAACCGUCCCGGCUGACCGUCAGCAUGAACGACAACUUCUACCCCAGCGUGACCUGGGCGGUUCCCAUCAGCAACAGCAACACCCCCAUGCUGACCCACAUCACCAGGGACCAGAGUUUCAUCACCUGGCUGGUGGCCAUGAACUCUGUCACCAAGGAGCGCAUUGUGCUGCAGACGGUACGGUGGCGCAUGCGGGUGGACAUCGCCGUGGAGCCGGACAUGCCUCUGGGCUCCCGAGCGUCGUUGGUCGGUCGUCCCUACCAGGAGCAGCCGCACAUCCUCAACUACCAAGAGCCCAUCCCGCCAAACGCUCUGGGGAGACCCAACGCCAACGAUGCCCAAGUAUUGAUGUGGAGGCCUCGGAGAGGAGCGCCGCUGGUGGUCAUACCGCCAAAAUGAGAGAACUGUUGCAAGUGACAGAAUAUGAGGAUGAAUAAUAUCAUCUCUGAAUCUCUGAGAGAUUCAAGAGGAGAUCAAACACAACACUGAGCAUACGCUGCAGCACCACAGAAAUUCAGUCUACCGCCAACUGUUGAAGGAUCUGAGUGACACUGACACACUUGGGACUGGAGGCCAAGGUCCACCAACAGUUUUUAGCAGUAUUAGCCCGCAACAAGAACUGCAUCCUGCAUCCUUACGUAGACCUUAUUGCAUGACAGUAAGAAUGAGACUAACAGAUGCUCCCAUGAGAACUUUAAGGUUAGCAUUUGUUUUGUAUAAGUUUGUACCUAAAGAGUCGAGCUGGUUUAGCCUCGUCUGCGCCUACAAUGGCCUUCAGCAUCAGCAGUGAUGAAAGGACGUCUUCGCUAGAAGCUAAAGUAGUGUUUGCUUCUCUUUAGACUGAAGUUAUUCUCCACUCAGUUUAUGUUGACAGAGAAAAGCGCUUUAGUUUUGCUGAAACACCGACCUGCAGUCCGCUCCCAGGAGCUGGUGCAUCAGGAAGUGUCAGAGAAGCAUCAUUACUGCAUCAGUUCAUUCAUGUUAGACAUGUUUUCUAUAGGUGCAGUUUAAAUGAGGCGGUGCGGUCACAGCUGGAACUGUUCUGAGGCCAAGUGUAUUUCUGAUGUGGCACUAUUCAGUUCACUUUGCCAAUAAAGUUGCAUCAAUCUUCCUAAA